ACCUCUGUGAUCUGUGCUUACAGAUGCAAAUAAUCAUUUUUUGUCGCGACAGUUUGCUUAUAUAGUAUAGUGCUUUUAGUCCAGAACACAAGCUGAUAAGACCUGUGAGUGAGCAAACUUCAUUCAUCCAAAUCAAAGUAAUCAGGCCUUUGAAAUAACUGAAGCAAAUAUGCUCGAUAAUAGACUCAAAAUAUUUAUUGUGAUUAUAGAAGGAACCGUGGUGUUUUGUUUUUCGAUGCAUAUAUAUGUUAUUAUAAUUUCAAAGAGUGUAAUUUGGUUCCUGCACUGGUGGCCACAUUCAAUGAAAUGUCAAUCUUGAUAAGUCGAGUUGGUAGACCUGAACUAAAAUAUGAAAACAGAUUGCAUGUUCUAGUAAUGAACAAUAAGCACGGUCGUUGCAUUGUAUUGUGGGAUAAGAUAUCCUAUUGGGCUUUUCCUCCAAUUGUUGUACGGCUUAUGUUACCUUAAUUUAUGGUAAAUGGAUUUAAGAUGGCCCAGACUCAAGCCAUAGGAAUAGACUUAGGCACUAGUUCUUGUGUGAUCGCUGUUUACAGAAAUGGAUCAUACGAAGUUAUUCCAAAUAAGAAUGGAGAGAGUUCGACGCCAUCUGUUGUGUUUUAUGAUCCGGUUAGCUUCGCUGCUUUGGUUGGAACUGUUGCUGUUCACUGCGACACUAAAAAUUCUGACAAUCGCCUUUUUGAUAUAAAAAGAAUUAUUGGACGGACGUAUGAAGAUGUCUACGUGCAACAAUUAAUCAAUUCGCCAGAAUACCCAUAUAAAAUUGUUCGAGGCGAUAACGGGGCUGCUGAAAUUGAACUGGAGCAUAAUGGAGAAUCUGUGCGAAUAACACUGAUCAGAGUAGUUUCCGAUAUAUUGAAAUAUUUGAAAGAUUCCGCUACAGAGUAUUUAAAAAGCGAUGUUACAGAGGCAGUUAUUUCCGUACCAGCGUCUUUUAGCAACGCGCAAAGGAAAGCAACGUUAACUGCAGCAGAAGCCGCUGGGUUGAAAGUGCUCAGACUUAUUUCCGAACCGCUGGCAACUGCUGUUUAUUAUGCUGAAGAUAAAUAUUCUACCGCAGCAUCUCCCCAGAGCUAUAAUGUUCUAGUUUUUGAUUUUGGAGCAGGCACUUUUGACGUCUCAAUUAUUGAAAUUAGUGGAACUUCAUUUUGUGUGAAAUGUGUUGAAGGAGAUUGUUUUCUUGGCGGCAGAGAUUUUGAUCGAAUUCUUGUAAAUGCGGCUAAGUCAGGUUUCACUACCCACUUUACCAGGCCUGAUAAAAUUGUACGAGAAAUUGAUGAGGCGUGUGUACACUUGAAACAUGCGCUUUCACAAAAUCAAUUUCAUUCCAUUCAUGUAAAUAUCAUAACGGAAGACCCAGAUUCUUCCAUAAUCAGAAUGGAUAGGGAAAAGUUUGAAGAACUAACCGAACAUUUGUUUGCCAGGGCUGAAAAACUCAUGCAAAAGUGUCUUGAUGAAGCACACAUGACCAAAGAUGAUAUUAGAGAUGUUAUUCUAGUUGGUGGCACUACUCGCAUUCCAAAAAUUCGAAAUAUGUUGACGUCAUUUUUUGGUAAAAGCAAAAUUCGUACAGCCUUAAACCUUGAAGCAGCCGUAGCUUUUGGUGCAAGCAUUCAAGCAGGAGUGGUUCAAAAAUGUGCCAUAAAAUUCGCCACUUACCAGUUAACAGAAGUGUCUCCAUUUUCUUUAGGUUUGGGUGCUGUUGGUGACUUAACCGAAACGUUUAUUGUGAAAAAUUCUCCUUUUCCAGUAAGAUCCCCAGGUAAUCUUAUUCAAACGAUUUUAACAAAAGAAAAGUCAUGUAGAUUGCGGAUUUUUGAAGGCCAACGAACAGACUGCCGUUUUAAUAAUUUAUUAGCUGAAUUCAAAGUAUCUGAACUACCCGGAGCGACAGCCCAGGAUGUAGUAGCAUUUCAAGUAGUUUUCUCAAUAAAUAAUAAUGGAAUUCUGGAGAUCGAGGCCCAUGAAAUGCCCACAGAACAACACUAUAAGUUAAACGUUUCAAUAGGGGAAUUUCAGCUAUGUAGUUUUGAGGUAUCACAUGCAAUAAAAAGUGAGGGCGAAAUCAAGGCACUGGACAGAGCUUUUGAGAUGUGCAUCCGCCUGAGAGAUCGGCUAAGAAAUAUUUGUAUCGAGAUUUUUCAGGACAUUAUGGAACUGCAAUCGAAAAAAGAAUCAACUGUCGAUAGUACAUGUAUUCAAGAUGUUUGUGAUACGAUAGAAUUGAUUUUUGAAAAUAAUAAUUCGAACAACUGUAACGUACAACUUGAACGUUUUGUAACAGCGUGUGAUGUCUUUCAUAGACUUGUUGCACAAUAUAUCGAGAACGCUCUUGAUGAAAACCCUGACAUUCAGCUACAUUGACAUACCAUUAAUAUAUUUUUUAUUUGUAA